AUGGCUGCCCAUCAUGAAGAGCACUUUCACCCCAAGAACACAAUCAUGGCGUCAUUGAAGACGACCAUGCUGACCGGUGGGGUCGGUCUUUGCGCCUCCGCCGUGCAGAACACCCUGGUCAAGAAGAACGUCGGACCUUGGGGUGUGUUUGUGAGAAGCGGCAGCACCAUCGGUCUUUUCGCGGCCAUGGGCGGUACCUACGAGUUCGUCAAGGACGCCUCGGCCAACCUGCGGGAGAAGGAUGACCACUGGAACGUCGCUCUGGGCGGUUUCUUCUCCGGUGCCCUUCUGGGCCUGCGUGGUUAG